AUGGAGAAGCCGAUGCCUAUUGCCAUCAUUGGCAUGGCAUGCCGCACUUCGGGCGGCGUUGCUUCAUUAGAUGAAUUCUGGACGAUGCUCUCUCGCUGCAGAGACGGCUCUGGUCCGAUUCCAAAGGACAGAUUCUCCUCUGCUGCAUACUAUCACCCCAAUCCGCAAAAGCGAGGCACAUUCAACCAGCUUGGAGGCUAUUUCAUGGACAGAGAUGUGUCCUACUUCGACGCCCCGUUCUUUAAUAUCACAAGGCAAGAAGCAGCUUCACUAGAUCCGCUGCAAAGACAACUCCUCGAAAUCUCAUACGAAGCUCUAGAAUGCGCCGGGCUUCCUAAGAACAAGAUAUCGGGAGAGAGCAUGGCCGUCUUCGUUGGUACUAAGAGAUCAGACUACCGAUGCAACUCACAGGACGUGAAGCGAAUUGAACUGUUUAACGCAACAAGCGUUCACCCGGCCGUUCAGGCAGGCCGGCUAUCCUACUACUUCAACCUCAACGGGCCCUGCUGCGCCGUCGACACAGCCUGCUCUUCUGGGCUGCAUGCUCUCCACCUAGGCGUGAAUGCCAUUCGUAAUGGAGAGUGCAGUUCUGCGCUUGUGGCGGCUGCUAAUUUGUAUCUCAACCCGGAUGACCUGGUAUCCAUGUCGAUGCUGGGCCUAUUUACUCCUGCGGGCAAGACAUACGCCUUUGACCACCGCGGAACGUCCGGCUUUGCCUGCGGCGAAGGCGCGGCAGCCCUCGUCAUCAAGCCGCUGGAUCGGGCCAUUAAUGAUAACGACAACAUCUACUCUGUAAUCGUCAACACAGGAAUCAACCAGGAUGGCAAGACGGCUGGUCUCACAACGCCGAGCAGUGAAAUGCAAGAGAAGCUUAUGCGUGACGUAUACAGGCGCGCAAACAUCAGCCCUAAUGACACAGCAUUCGUCGAGGCUCACGGCACAGGCACAAAAGUAGGAGAUCCCCUAGAAGUUGCUGCCAUCCAGCGAGUGUUUGGCAACGGGCGUACAAAGCGCAGCCCGCUAUAUAUUGGCUCAGUAAAGACCAAUGUCGGCCACCUGGAAAAUGCCAGCGGUCUCAUUUCCGUCAUCAAGGCUAGUCUUAUGCUGCACCGAGGCUUCAUCUUGCCAAACACCAAUUUUGAGAAGGCGAAUCCUGAUAUCCCACUGGAAGCGUGGAAUUUGAAGGUCCCCGUCAAUAUUCGUCCCUGGCCCAGGGGCAGGCGCUAUAUCAGCAUCAACAACUUUGGUUUCGGCGGCUCUAACGCCCAUGUCGUCCUUGAUAAAGCGCCUCCCGCGGUUAUGCUCAGAGCUAUUCCUGUCGAGCCGCCGGGCAGAGAAGCUAUACCUAAACUCUUUGUCAUUUCCGGUCACGACGAGGGUGCAGCAAGAAGAAAUGCCAGCCAAAUUGGAAUCUACGUCGAGCAGCACCCGGAAGUCUUUGAGAAGCGCAUCGCUCGCGACGUCGCGUACACCCUCGGCGAGCGUCGAACUCACCAUGCUUUCCGCGUUGCUCUCACAGCGAGCAAUUUCGGUGAACUGACAGAAGAUUUGAACGAUGAGGCACUACUCCCACAGCGUGCGUCAGAUGAACCACUUAAGCUAGCCUUCAUAUUCACUGGCCAAGGUGCUCAGUGGCCGCAGAUGGGCAGACAGUUACUCAAUUCUCACCCGAUCUUCGGCCUGACGGUCAAGGAGUGCUCCGAUUUUCUAGAGAACAGUAUUGGCGCUGACUUCUCUCUUAUGCAAGAACUCUUGCGGCCAAAGGGCGAGUCCAUCGUUAAUGAAGCUCACAUUUCACAGCCAAUUUGCACAGCAAUCCAGCUGGGUCUCGUUGAGCUGCUCAAGUCCUGGAAAAUUGAGCCCUCCAUGGUUUGUGGCCAUUCGUCUGGUGAGAUAGCCGCCGCCUAUGCUGCCGGUGCCAUUACGCUCAGAGAUGCUAUGGCCGCUGCUUAUUACCGCGGUCACUUUGCCGCUCAGAUGAAGAAACGCAAUCCUAAAGUCCGUGGUGCCAUGUUAGCUGUUGGCGCCGGACCUGCGGAAGUAAAGAGAAUCAUCAAGUCUCUGAGUUUAGCCGGCGUCACCGUUUCUUGUGAAAACGCUCCCAAUUCUGUAACUGCUUCUGGUGACGAAGCCGACAUUGACAGACUUGCAUUAGAACUUGAAGGACGCAGCUUGUUCAACCGUAAGCUCCGUGUCGAUGUUGCAUAUCACUCUGCGCAUAUGAAGCUCGUUGCGAACGACUACAUGGCAGCCAUUGAGAACAUGCACUUCAAGGCCAUGGAUGAUGGUAUCAAGUUUUACUCGUCUCUUCUUGGGAAAAAGCUUGAUAGCACUGAAGCACUGGGUGCUCAGUACUGGGUUAACAACCUUAUCAAGCCUGUUCUCUUUUCAUCUGCUCUUGAGGAGCUCUACAAUGACGGAAAACCAGACAUCAUCAUUGAACUCGGUCCUCACUCUGCACUCGAGGGCCCUAUCAAGCAAGUUUUAAAGGGAAUUAGCAAGCAGGCUGCUACAAGCGUCAGGUAUCAUUCUGCUUUGCUCCGCAACCAAGAUGCUGCGGUUACAGCCGUCAAGCUUGCCGGUAAUCUUUGGACCAAAGGCCUUGAUAUCGACUUCAGCCAGGUCAAUAUAACGUUGGAAGGGCAGUUGGAGCCCGGCCUGGUUUCAGACCUACCUUCAUACCAGUGGUCAAAACAUCAGUGCUGGACAGAGUCUCGCGCCGGCAAAUCUCAUCGCCUUAAGGAUUUUGGUCGGCACGAUCUACUUGGACUCCUACAGGACGACUGCAACGAAACUGAGCCUGUCUGGACCAAUGUUCUUGAUUCUGAUGAAGUGCCAUGGCUCAAGGAUCAUAAGAUGCAGUCUCUUGUCACAUUCCCCUGCGCUGGGUACCUGACUAUGGCAACCGAAGCUGCUUCUCAAACAGCGCGGAUGCGUGGCGUGCUGUUGGAAGAAAUUGCCUCAUACCAUAUGCGAAACAUCCAGGUUAGCAAGCCUUUCAUCCUCGAUGAUGGCGAGUCUUAUGACACACGCUUUACUCUCAAGCGUUAUGCCGAAGGUCUGGCAGCGUAUUCUAACGACUGGGAUGAAUUUCAAUACUCCUCUUGGGCCCCUUCCCGAGGCUGGGUUGAGCACUGCCGUGGCCUCGUUGGCAUCAAGAAGCGCAGCAACACCAAUAUUGUUCGAAUGAACAACCAAAAAGCUGCUAUUGCUCGCAGGGCCAAUAUGCAGCCACAGCCUGGUACUGAGAUCGAUUGUGAAUCGUUCUACUCAGAACUUUUGGGUAAGGGUGCUGGAUACACCAGAGACUUCACUUUCAAGGAUGGUGCAAAUCUGAGAGUCGAUGGUGAUUGUUCAGCUGGCAUAGCAGUUCUCCAGGAUGUUGCUGCCAAUAUGCCUUUCAACCAUGAGACACAAAGCACUCUGCCCUCUGCAUUAACAGACUUGAUAUUUCAAACAUGUUUCUUGAUCCUCGGUGCAGGGCGCGGAAAUCUGAAGAGCUUGGUCGUGCCAUCGGCUAUCGGAAGUGUCGAGAUUUCUACCACAUGCCCAAAUACUCCCGGCGAGACGCUUGAAAUCGUGACCCACCACCAAAACUUUGCUUCAAAGGACCGAUUGGUAUUUGACAGUGAUGCAUGGCACACAAAUGCGAGUGAGCCGGUCGUUAUGAUGCGAAGCACCAUCUUGACGCCCAUUCAUGGUGAUGCUUUUGAAAGUCAAGAGCCACGGUCUGCGUGCUAUAGAGUGAUCUGGGAACCUUUGGAAGCCCAAGUUGCAGCCAAACUUGAAGACAAUGCCGCAUCAGAUGGGGCAAAUAACCAUUCCAACUGUCACACUAAUGGGCACAGAGAUGGACACGCCAAUGGUUAUAUAAACGGCCAUGCCAACGGCAGCACCAAUGGACAUACAAAUGGCCAUAUUAGUGGGUAUACAAACGGACACACCAAUGGACACACCAACGGCAACGCCAGCAACAUCAACGGCAACACCAACGGCCAUACAAAUGGUCAUACCAGUAGGUAUACCAAUGGACACACAAACGGCAACACCAACGGCCAUACAAAUGGUCAUACAAAUGGACACACCAACGGGCGUACCAACGGUUAUACAAACGGCCGUACCAAUGGACAUUCGAAUGGUGGCUCUAAUGGGUAUACCAAUGGUGUGCCGACUUCUGGCGUUGACUUGAGCGCCACUCCCAUCACCGUCAUUUGCGAUGCUGGUCCCUCAAACCCUCUCUGCGCUGCCCUUGCGGAUCUGAUUGAGAUUCAGACGUGUGGAUGCAGGCCAACCAUUAUAUCACUAGCAAAAGCAGAGAUAUGUUCAUCCGUCAGAUAUGUUGUCUUGAAUGAGGUCGAUAGCCCGGUCCUCGAUGACAUGAAUGCCGAUACAUUUGCUCUGAUCCAGAAGCUCCUGCUUGAUGGCUUGUCUAUCCUCUGGGUAAGCUCUGGUGCUUAUCUAAAUGCAGAGAGCCCACAUAACAACAUAGCCCAGGGAAUGUUCCGAACCAUUCGUUCCGAGCUGGGUAAAGUAGCGGCCACUCUUGACCUCGAUACCAAAUCUAAGUUGCGGCCUGACGAUCAGGCGCAGCUUAUCAUCACUGCAAUGAAGACAUCCAUGGAAACAUUCAAAGAUGAAUCCAUCGAUUAUGAAUUUGCGGAGAAAGAUGGGAAACUUCUCGUUCCCCGUGUCGUAGAAGAAAAUGAGAUGAAUCUUGACCUCUUCCGCCAAACCCAGUCUCCUCCCCCUUAUCUCCAAAACUUCAACGAGCCCAACCGCCGCCUCAAGAUCGCGGUUGGCACAUACGGUGCGCUCGACUCCCUAUUCUGGGACGACGAGGAGACAUACGGGCUUGGGCCAAACGAGAUUGAAGUUAAAGUUGCUGCUACUGGCAUGAACUUCAAAGACGUUGUCAUUGCCAUGGGACAAGUGCCUAGCCCGUACCUCGGAAUCGAGUGUUCCGGUACCGUCUCACGCAUUGGAUCUGGUGUCACCUCGCUCAAGAUUGGAAAUCGAGUUUGUGCUAUGACACACGGUGCUUAUAGUACUUUUGCUCGCUGUCCAGCUACUAGCGCAGCUGUCAUCCCAGAGGAUAUUGCAUUCUCCACAGCCGCUUCUAUCCCCGUUAUCUUCUGCACAGCCUACUAUGGCCUGAUAGAGCUUGCUCACCUUGAACGUGGGGAGAAAAUAUUAAUUCACGCAGCGUCUGGCGGCGUGGGACAGGCCGCCAUUCAGCUCUCCCAGAUGGUAGGCGCUGAGAUUUUUGCCACUACCAGCAGUGUUGAGAAGAAAAACCAUCUUAUUGAUACCUAUGGUAUUCCGGAGGACCAUAUCUUUUAUAGUAGAGAUACCAGUUUUGGGCCUGCCGUCAGAGAAUCUACCGACGGGAAAGGUGUAGAUGUUGUAAUCAACUCCCUUGCUGGUGAUCUGCUGCGAGAGACCUGGGCCUGCAUUGCCCCAUUUGGCCGCUUUAUUGAAAUUGGAAAACGUGAUAUCACCUCCAACACUCGACUGGAAAUGGACAAAUUUGAAUACAAUUGCUCUUUCCACUCGGUUGAUUUGUCCAAGGUUGCUGACUGGCGACCAAAGAUAAUGAGUCGAGUUUUCAAGGAAGUCAUGGCUCUCAUCUCCAAAAGGAUUAUCCAGCCCAUUAGCCCCAUCACUGAGAUUGGCAUCUCUAAGGUCGAAGCUGCGUUGCGCAAACUUCAGAGCGGCAAGACUAAGGGCAAGGUCAUUGUCAACCAUCUCGUCAAUGAGCAGGUCAAUGCUGCCCACAGACAGCCUACCGGAGACCUAGUGAAUGGAAAUGCCACUUAUAUCAUCAUUGGCGGUACAGGUGGCCUUGGUCGUUCCAUGGCAAAGAAAAUGGCUCAGCGCGGUGGAAAGCACGUCGUCCUUCUAUCCCGCAGCGGCAAGAUGACUCCUGAGCUAGAUCAUCUCAGCAAAGAAUGCGAGAUAUAUGGAGCCAAGAUCUAUGUAAAAUGCUGUGACGCGGCCAACCAGGCAAAAGUCAACGAACUUAUCUCAGAGCUGCAAUCGUCACUGCCUCCGAUCCGUGGUGUCAUCCAUGCAGCCAUGGUGCUGCGGGAUACCCUCUUUGAAAAGAUGUCAUUCGAGGACUGGGAUGAGGUUGUGCGCUGUAAGGUUGCGGGAGGCUGGAACUUCCACAUUGCCUUAGCAAAGGAGCCCCUCGACUUCUUCAUCGUCCUAUCCUCGGUUGCUGGCAUUGUUGGCAACCGCGGCCAGGCAGCCUACGCCGCUGCCAACACCUUCUUAGAUGCCUUGACAGUCCACCGCCGUAGGUUGGGUCUUAAAGCUACAUCGCUCAACCUAACUGCAGUCGAGGAUAUCGGUUAUCUGGCGGAGAAUUCCGGCAAGCAAGGCGAAGUUCUUCGCAAUUUAUCUGGUAACGGAAUUGGCGGGGCCGAAGUCCUAGCACUCAUCGAGAGUUCUAUAAACGGCAAGGUUGGCACCGCCUGCGACGACCAGUGUAUCACCGGACUUGAAUUCGGGGACUCGAUGCCCUACUUUGCCGCGGAUGGCAAGUUCAAGUAUCUUCGUCAGGCUGCUCUUGCGCUGAGCGCUGCUGCGGGUGAUGACGGUGGCGCGAAUAUUCCUAUUGGCAAGAGACUAGCUAGGGCGAUGACAGUGGGCGAAGCCGUCGAGCUUGUUACCGAUGGCUUGCGUGACAAACUGGGCGCCAUUCUGAUGCUUGACCCCGAUGUCAUUCUAGCUAAACAGGCGACUGUCACCAUGGCUGCCCUUGGCUUGGACUCACUCAACGCUAUCGAGCUGCGUAAUUGGAUCGCAAGGGACCUGCAGACACACUUGCAGAUCCUGGAGCUGCUGCGAGCUGGAACGUUGGCUGAUCUUGCAAGUCAGAUUCUGAAGAAGACUCGCAUCCAAGGUGCUUGGACAAUGCAGGAGGGAGCCAGAUAA